AUGGCGGCCGAAAUGAUGGAAAGAGGUCGUCAAAAUUGGACUAAGCUGGAGGACCACUUGAGGCGCAAUGUGAAGGCUCGGCGUUAUGUCUUCGUAACGGAUAAUUAUGAAAUUUUCUCUAAUUGUAAACAUGAUCCGAACACCAAUGGUAUACACGAUUUGUUGGAUCUAUCCAAAGCUAAUUUCGAGGUUGGUCCUAACUCGAUCCUUAUAUCUGGUGAUAUGAAAUGCGCGUGGAAAGGAGUAGAACCAAACGAUCGCGUAAAGUUGAUAAUCGAGUUAUUUAAAUUUUCACGUGGAUAUUGGCAAUCAACGCCAUUUACAAUCAUAACGAUGGACUUCUGCAAGGAACAGUUCAUGCCGAAAAAAUAUUGGUAUGAUAAUUGGACACAAUACAUACCCGAGGAAGAACGCCUAUGUGUCACCAACUUUGGGCAUAUCUAUCAUAUGCAGGAGUACGAAUUUAGACUUAUUUUCGAUUUAACGAUUCAAGUUAAUGGACUUCAUAAAAUUGAAUUCAAGGCCUGGGCUUACGAUGAAGACAAUAAGCUAAGAAAUACCUCUAUAUGUUUUGAAAUAGAGGGUUACUUUAACAGGAUAUAGGAAAACAAAAAAAAAAACCAAAGACGAAGGAAAAAACUUAGACCAAACACCGCCGUUAACUAACGAAAAAUC